AUGACUUAUAUUCCCACACCUAUAAGUAGUUAUUAUUUAUCCACUGCGAUAAGCUACGUCCAAAGUAGCGCGUUUUUGGUUUCUGUGGUCUACUUGGGUAUAUCAUCAAAUUUGUCUCGUACUAUUUAUUUGCAAGUAAAUAACAAUCAGAUAUGGAAACGGUGCUUGAACAGCAACCAUAGAGAAAAGUUAAAUUCAGAGCUUCGUUUAAGACUUAUGUAUGAUAGGUACUUUGAUGUAACACAAGAACUAAGAGAUCUGUAUGAAGAUAAAGAUGGUCUACGCAAGGCUGAUAUUCAAACACUUUCCGGUCCAAAUGAAUUUAACGAGUUUUAUGAUAGAUUAAAGCAGAUUAAAGAAUUUCAUCGCAAGCAUCCUGGCGAGAUAUGUGUCCCGAUGUCUGCCGAGUUUGAAAAGUACAAAGAAAUGAGAGAAAGACCAGAAGAAGCGAAUGCUGUACUUAUUGACUUUUCAGAUGAGGAAGGCUAUGGUCGUUAUCUGGAUUUACAUGAUGUGUAUAAGAAAUAUCUGAAUGUAAAAGGUGUUCCACGCAUAGAUUAUCUCACUUAUAUCUCCUUCUUCGACCGAUUGUAUGAUAUAUCUCGUGAUAAAAAGGGAAUAGCAUAUAAAGCCUACCUCGAAGAGUUGCUUGGUUAUCUUGAAAAUUUCGUAUCGCGUGCCAGACCUAUAGUGGAUUUAGAAGAGGAAACUAAAGAAGCGCUUGCUAAAUUCGAAACACAAUGGACUCAAGGAACAUUUCCUGGUUGGGGUCGUGAGGCAGCAUCUGCCUUAGCGCAUGGAGGUGCUCAUUUGGACUUGACCGCUUUUACAGCCUGGGAAGAACUUGCUUCACUUGGACUUGAUAGGCUUAAGUCAGCGUUACUCGCGUUGGGCUUGAAAUGUGGUGGAACUUUGGAGGAAAGAGCUCGUCGCUUAUGGGCUACAAAAGGUAAAUCACUCGAAGAGUUACCUGCAGAUCUGUUUGUUACAAAGCAACGGUCGACAAAAGGUUUCGCUAAGACAGCUGCAUGGGGACAUGUACCUCCAGCGCUAUCUGAAAAGCUAAAAGAAAUCGCUACACUAGAGGCUAGAAUAUACAGACUCAGUGAACUGGUCAAAGAACAUCGCGAAGCUACUAUUGAGAACGUACAACGUCGUCAGGCACGAAUAGGAUUCGAACGAGAUGAAGAUGAUACAGAUGCAGAUAAGGAUGCUACAGGUGCAGAAAACGGUCAGAAUGAAGAGGAUGAUGAUAUUCCUUAUAACCCUAAGAAUCUACCCCUUGGAUGGGACGGGAAACCUAUUCCAUAUUGGUUGUACAAAUUGCAUGGAUUAAAUAUGUAUUAUAGUUGCGAAAUAUGCGGUAAUCAAACAUACCGUGGUCCUAAAGCAUUUCAACAACAUUUUUCUGAAUGGCGACAUGCUCAUGGUAUGCGAUGUUUAGGCAUACCGAAUACAAUUCAUUUUGCUCACGUAACAAAAAUUGAAGAAGCUUUAGCUUUAUGGCAACGAAUAAGAACAAUGAAAGAAGCUGAACGUUGGCGUCCAGAAGUUGAAGAAGAAUUAGAAGAUUCUGUCGGCAAUGUUGUAUCUCGUAAAACCUAUGAAGAUUUAAAACGUCAAGGUCUUCUUUGA